UCGUAUCGGCGGUUUGUUCGACGUAUCGCCGAUGUGAUUUCUCAAACAAAAAUAAAUUAAAUUCCGCUUAAAAAUCAAUACAAAUUUGUUUACUCAUAAUAUAAAUUAUUAACAAAACAAAUAUUCACAUUUAUAAGAAAUGGCUGCUAUUCUAGGAGGCGGUUUAGGUGGACUUUCGACUGCUUACUAUCUGCUAAAGACCAAUGUUACACGGAACAGUAAUCUCAAGUUAUUUCUGUUGGAAGCUACAAAUUACUGUGGUGGGUGGAUCAAGUCUAUCAAAACAAAAGACUACACAUUCGAACAAGGUCCACGGACGAUAAGGCCUAAAGGUAUCACUGGGGUGAAUACUUUGAAUAUGAUAGAAGAUUUAGGUCUCAGCGAGCACGUCGCACCGAUCACUUCGGAGCACCCGGCUGCUAAGAACCGCAUGAUAUAUGUCAAUCAAAAUCUUUAUUUACUCCCCUCCAGUUUGAAAGGUGUCUUCCAGAAAAACCUGCCAUUCUCUAAACCUCUAAUUUAUGCACUUUUUUAUGAUAUUUCUCAACCGCACAAACAUCUACAAGAUGAUUCUAUUUACAAUUUUGUUGAAAGAAGGUUUGGUAAAGAAAUAGCUGACUACGCAAUUGCUCCAAUGAUCUGUGGCAUCUGUGCAGGGGAUGCCAAAGAAAUAUCAGUCAAAUUCUUGAUGAAAACUUUGUUUGAAUGGGAGCAGAAUCAUGGCGGAGUUGUGAAGGGUAUGAUGAAGUCUAUGUUUAGCCCUAAAACUGGUGAAGAAAUAGAUAUUAGCAACCUGGCUAAGAGAGCACAGGAAGAGAAGUGGAAUGUGUACACAAUAAAAGGUGGUUUGGAAACAUUCCCAGCUACAUUACAUGAUUAUUUAUGUCAAAAUAAUGUGGAUAUCAACUUGAAUACACGGAUAAAAGAGCUACAGUUUGUAGAUUCUGGUACAGUAUUACUUAAAAAUUGUUCAGGGGAGCUGUUCAAUGCAAGUCAUGUGUAUUCUACAAUACCUUCAUAUGCUCUUGCAAAGUUAGUGGAAAAACAGCAUCCAGAUUUGGCUCAAGAGCUCAAUGAGAUACCAUUUGUAACAGUUGGUAUUGUAAAUUUGUAUUUUUCAUCUGAAACACCUCUAGUGACACCUGCGUUUGGCUUCUUGGUUCCUCCGAUAGAAAAUUCGCCAAUUCUUGGUGUGGUUUUUGAUUCCUUCUGCAUACCGGAUCAAAAUGGGACUGUUCUUACUGUGAUGUUGGGUGGUAAAUGGUUUGAAGAAAAAUUUGGAGAGAAUGUCACUGAGGAAAAAUUGUUUAAUGUUGCUAUGCAAGAAAUAGGUACUAUUCUCAAUAUCAAAGAGAAGCCAACAGUGUAUCAUGUGAAUAUUUUGCACAAAUGUAUUCCUCAGUAUGUGAUUGGUCAUUACGAGAGGGUGGGGAAGAUAAGAGACUAUAUACAAAAGAAUAAUUUGCCAAUUUCUUUGGUCGGCAGUAGUUAUGACGGUGUUGGUAUAAAUGAUGUUAUUUAUUCUGCUAAAAAGCAAGUGCAAGAAGACUGCACUUAGUUAUUAUUAAAAAUAAAUAUUGGUAACAGCUUUAACGCUAUCUGAAAAUUGGCUAGCUAUGAUGGUAAUGGGAAAAUGUAAUAAUUAAAUGGUAUGUACUUGAAAUUGCAACCAAAGAUGUAAUUGGAGUAUGCCGUUGAUGAAAUUAACUAUAGCUAAUAUAUCUUUGUAUAUAAUAAUAAUUCUGGACUGAUUAAGUAAAAAAUAUGGAAAUAUUACUGUAUAAAAUAUGAAAGUUCAUAAGUCUGAUUGUUGCAUUUCUAAGAUUUCCAAUAUAUUUUUUACAAUAUAUAU